UUCAACAAAGUGCGGAAGAAACGCCUGGCAACUAUCUGGAGUUUUGUGCUCACAACACAACCGCGAGUGACGCAGACUCCUCUGGCCCAGCUGGCGCGGGAGGUGCAGACAACAGCGGUUAUUGCGUUUCACAGCGCGUGGGACUCUACAUGAUGGACUUGUCCAGCCACAUUGAACUGUCCAUGAUGACUGCCGAUGACUUUGAGGAGACUAUGACCUUCCUGAGGGAGCAGUACGUCAACAGGAACCCUCUGCGCAUAGCGUGUGGCGAGACAGUUCAGAAAACGUACCGAGAGCCGCUGAUGACAGACGUCAGGAAGUGUUUGGCGUCAGGUCUGUCAGUCAGCGCACGGGACAAGACGUCUCAAACACUCGCUGGAAUCUUUCUCAGUUUACCACAAGACGUGGACGAAACCUCUGAGGACGACGACGUUGAGACAGAUAACAUGUGCAUAGUGCACCGUGUUCUAAAGUUGCUUUCUGCUGACACACAAGUGUUCAAGGAGAUGAACGUCCAUAUGGUGCUCGACAUGUCUGUUCUCUGCGUCCAUGAAGACUAUUGCGGUCGCGGCCUUGGGAGCAGGCUGAUGGAGAAAUCGUUGUUGCUGGGCGAGGAGCAGGGAUAUGCUGUGGCAUGUGUAAUGUGCACUAACAGCCUGACGGAGAGGAUCUGCGCGCGUUUUGGGUUUCAUACCGUGAAGACGCUUAACCUAAUUUCUGUUGCUGAUGAGUUAAGCAUUGAUAUCUCCCUCAUACCUGGUGAAACUGACUUAAAAAUGAUGAUCAAAACGUUUUCCAGCAAAACAGCCCAUCUUCAUUAAUAUCCUUAAAAACAGAUACAUAUUGUAGCGAGUUAAUCUUAUACUCGCUC